CAAAAUGGCUGUCAAUCUGAUGUCAAGGUGCGAAAAGAAACAUCACAAUGACUGGAUUUAAACUGUGAGUCUCUGUAAACAUCAGUCUCUACAUGUUGGAAAGAAAAGAUGUGAAAAAAAAACAAGGAAUUUCUCUGUUUUGACAUUUUGAUAUAGCUCUCUUCUAACGGCUGGUUUUCCUAAGAGAAGUGCAGCCAUGGCUCUAAGCAUGGACAUCCUGGAGCUGGCCUGCCACUUACGGCAAGAGCGACUGUACGUCAACACAGAAAGAGAGAAUCUCCAGAGGCUUAAUGAAGAUGUGAAGAAAGUGGCAGAGGAUAUGUAUCAUUCUGCCUGGCUGGCUAAGCAACAGAGGUCAAUCCUAGAUGCAUUAAUUCGGUCGUCUCAAGACGCCACACCUGCGGAGUGCUGCGGGCGCAUCAACCAGUUGGACUAUGUCAGCUUUGUGGAUAGUUAUAAAUAUUUGAGCUAUCACGAUACUAAAUACGGGGAAUUCCUGAAGGUCUUGCGCGAGUCGCCAAAGCUUCUAGCGCGUUGCAUUGCCUGUUGCGAGAAAGACAGAUAUGAUGUUGCUCAGAGUCUAGUCCGGAUUAGCAUGUCUUCCAUAUAUGCAAACUGUGUCAUGCAGGAAGAUGAGACCUUUGCCCUUCAGCUUUUGAAGACACUCUUGGAACUACAGGUGUCUAAUCACAUGGACCCAAGACGACUCAUACGAAAGGGAACGUGUAGUUUCAGCCUAGUUUUCAAGCAGUUUUUUGACAAUCUGUUUCCAGCGAAGCUAUUUUUGACAGCAGCCCUUCAUGAGCCCGUCAUGAGACUGCUCAUGGAGGAUGAGUGGUUUUAUGAUAUCGACCCUGACAAAGCUGUGAUUCGCUUUCCACCCACUGAGCGAAUAAAACGAUUCGGACAGGCAGGCACUGACGAGUACAAAACGAAGCUGGCAACCUACAGAAAGUUUAUUGUGGACAAGCUCGUGAGCUUAUCAAUGAGGUUCGUGCAGUCCAUUAAGAACAACUUGCACUGUUUUCCUUCUAGUCUUAUAUGGAUUGUGUCACAGGUAUUUCACUGCCUGUCGAAAUCUGAGCGUGUAGGGCUAGCGGACAUUCGGUCCACGUGUGCCGAUCUUGUCUUUGGUUUGUUUAUUUGCCCUGCCAUUUGUGACCCUGAACCCUACGGGAUCACAUCAGAUGUCCCCAUAAGUCACAUAGCACGUCACAACUUGAUGCAGAUUGCCCAGAUCAUCCAGUUGUUGGCCAUCUCCAGAUGGGAAGAUUCGACCCCUAAAGUCCGUGACCUCUACGGCAGAUUUGAUAAGGGCUGUAUGUCAAAUGUGCUGGAUGCCAUGCUAGACGGGACAACGAUGGAGCUGCCCUCAGGGGACAGGCACAGCCACAGCAGAGCCGCUGUCCUCAUCACACAAACUCAGCUGUCUCACCUGAUCACAUAUUUACGAAGUGCCGUCCCUUUGCUGGAGGAAGUUGGAGCUGAGAAGAAGCAGCUUGAGGAGUUGUUGUCUUCUCUGCCUAACACUCUCCCCUUCUUGAACUCCCAAACGUCGACGCCUAGUCAGACUCCACCAGGCACACCGAACAUGCAGAAGAAGACAUUGAGAAGUCUGAAGAAGCGUCCAUCUCACAGCCCUGCUGAUGACACGACCAGUCCUCCGUCUGAGGACAUUGCAGACCCAGAGAUGACGUCAGCGCCCAAGCAGCCAGAAGAGGUCUUAGUUAUCUCCUUUGGGCAGAACUUUGACUGUCCAGGGAUGCUGUCUGAACAGAAGGUUUUGUCCUUGGAGAAUGAGACACGUAGACGGAGAGUGAAAUACCAGGGUGUCCUGAGUUAUGACAUCAAUGUACCUGGCCAGGAAACACAGGAGAAAAGGACGAGGUUUUCACUGUCACAUGACCAGGAAUCUAUAGGGAACACAAGUGAUAUUCCGGAGGCAAUAUCUGAGGCGGCCUCCAGCCACUCUGUGGGCUCCGUGGACCUGGAGAAUGACAACGAUAACUUCUCGGACAUGCUCUCGGCCAACGUGAGUGGUCGGGGCACCCCUAAUAUCAGCGGCAGAGACACGCCCCUGUCUCAGGCUGAGAGCGUGGAGGACAGACGAGCCCCAGAUCUGCCUGAGACCGUCCAGAAGUCAAACAGAGAAGACGUCACUGAUCGAUUUGGGAAGUUCGAAAUCCGACCAGAGCUUGAAAGAGAUGAGGCUAAGUCUACAGUGAGUGAGACCUGGAGUACAGAUGUACUGGCCAGUGACUCUGAACCUCCAGAAUCAAAUCAGAUGGAGAGGUUAGAAGAGGUCACGGAGGAGAUAGUCCGGCAGAACCUGCUCCCAGAGCCUGCCGGGGAGGUGUCUGAGACAGCCAGUGAGAGUGCCUGGAGCACUGAUGUUCUGGCCAGCGACACCGACGAUAAACAGUCAGAACUUCUUACUGACCUGGAACAGUGUAAACUCAGGGAUGACAUCAGCAGCGUGGAGGAGAGGUCUCGCCCAGGUGAAGAUGAUCGCGAUCUGGAUGUGCUGGACUCGGAGGAUAACCAAGGCGACGAGAACAAAGAAGACACACCUCAAGCUUCAGGGGGUCAGAGUCCCUCUGAGGAUCGUCUGUUAGACAGCUUGGGGGCUGUUGGAGGGGGUGAAGCUAUCUACAGGAAGAAGAGAGUCCUACCAAGGGCAUGUAUCUCUGACCCAGCCACUGCCCUGAAAACUGGGGUAGACUAUGACCGGGACGAUUUCACUAUGGAGAGACGACAACACAGCGUCUCCGAUAUCGUCCAAAACUACCAGCUCAAGUCUAGCACUCCAUUCACCAUCAGUAAACGACAGUCAGACAGUUUGAAAACUGCCGAGGGAAAGGUCACGAAUUUACUGGCAGCCAUGGAAGAUAGUUCACCUGCACCCCGGCAUAAUCAAGCCACCAGACAGGAGCAGAGGUACAUGUAUCAGGGGGCGCGGCCCAAAAUUCAGAUCAUGGGGGAAACGACAGACUCAGAUAUUGGCACUGCCUCUCCGGAUCUGGGGUACGAGAGCCCAGAGGGGGAGAAAGUGGAUGCCAAAGUCAGAAAACAUAAUUUUGACUUGGAACGCCUGGCGCAGACUGACUCUGGCAUACUAGUAGCUGAUACACCUGUAGAAGACUAUUUUGCUGUGACUUCUCCCUCAGCAGAUGUUCUGUCUGCUGAUUCAGUGAAACUCUCCGAACAACAAAAUACAAAGCUUGAUGCGAAACGGCUUUCAGCCUCCUUGGCCAUGUUUGACCCAUUGUCUCCAUCGACAGAUGAUGAUGCUGACCUUCUUGAGGGUCCAGGCACAAGUAGUAGCCACACCCCCUUAGAGACAGGACCUGCUCAUACUUCAAGUAACCGUAGCUCUCAGGCCAGCAUGAAGUCAGUAAUCAUGGCAGACUGUAAUGCGAGUGGUCAGAUUGAAAGACAGGGCAUUCUACUUCCUGCCAGGCAAGGAAAUGGAGUUCCAUUAACUGAAGGUCAAGACUUCAUCACUGUCAAUCAAGAAGAUAGGGUGAGAAGGAGGCGGGACAGCAGUGGCAGUAGCCAAUCCACACAUUCUGCCAAUUUGAAUGACCUGUCUGGUAGCAGCCCAAGAGCCGAAACAAUUUCACAGAAAUCUGAUGAAAAGGAUUCCUUGGACAUAGAGUACAGCUCGGAACACGGCAAACGGAAGAAGGGCGGGUUUUUGAACAAGGUCAAAGAAAAGAUUGGAAAAGGCAUGAAGAAGAAGGGCUCAAAGAUAGAUAGAGAUGAUGUGGACAGUGUACUGAACCAGGCUUCAGGUGAGGCGGGUGAGUUUGACAGUAAAGUGUACAUACCUGGUCGCGAUGAGCCUACCAUCAUGGUCACUGAGACAAGUGAUGAUAUACUAGACAAGUACAGGAAAAAGGUGACAAAUGGAACAAGCUCACCCCAACAAUAUGACGCCAUGGAAGGGACCAAUCAGAGCAAGGACAAGAGUCACAUGACCAAGGAUGACGACACGGAUGAUCCGCCAUUUUAUGAUCCAAACAACAUUGAAAACUGUUACGCUUUCCAAGAUGCUAAACGUAAGCUGAGACUAGUGUUGAGCACAGGAGACUUCCAGAUGGGCGUGUGCAUUGCAGACUUUCUCUUUCCCAGUGGAGGGCAACUCAGUCCACGAGAACAUGAUCUCCCUCGUCACGACAAUGAUCUGGUGAAACUGCUCCGUAUGCAGCUGGCCGAAGCGAUCAACCUUCAGGAUAAAGACCUGAUAGCUCAGCUUCACGAGGCUAUUCGCUGCGCCAGACUGUUUGACACUCAAGGAUGUAAGAAGCUUCUGAAGGCUUUGCAGGAGGAGUACAGGGUGAGAUCAGCCUACAUAGCUUACCUGGUCAGGUGUCGCCAGGGCUUACUGCUCUCUCUCUCACAACUACAGAGACUUCACAGCAGGAUCAAACGUGAUAAGGAAGUUUGCUACAAACACUUCACUAACGUCUGCGUGAGACUCUUCAUUGAGAGCAAAGAGAAGGCUGUACUCAAGUUCAUGUCAGAUUUCCAGAAACUCACCGUCUCAGAUGAAAAGACUGACCUGGUAGAGAGAUUUCUUCAGUUCUUGUACUCGUUCAUGGAGAAAGACGGCAUGUGGCAAGCAGCCAGUGAGUCUCAGCUAGAGGACGCUCGUCUCACCCUGGAGCGGUUCAUCAUGAGCAGAAUUUACAGCCAUGCCAUGUUUCCUAACGGGGACGGGGACGUACUGAGGGACCAGAUACUGAACAAGCAUAUCCGCCGGCUGGCUCAGAUUAUCACCCCUAACCACCGGGACAUGAGGAUCCCGCGCAUGUACCACCACGAGUGUCCCUGGCCUGCCGCGCAGAGAGAAAUCUUCAUGAUCAACGCCUAUAAGACUCCUAAGGACAAGCUUCAGUGUGUGAUUCGCUGUUCGACGACCAUAAUGAAUUUACUGAGUCUGGCCAAUGAGAAGUCUGUACCUGCUGCGGAUGACUUCAUCCCCGUGUUGAUAUACGUGGUCAUCAAGGCCAACCCUCCGGGUCUCCUCUCUACCAUUCAGUACGUGAAUAGUUUUUAUGAGAAUCGUCUGGCCGGGGAGGAGCAAUACUGGUGGAUGCAGUUCUCGUCCGCUAUAGAGUUUAUAAAAACUAUGGAAUAUGUGGAGUGAAGUGGGAGAGCUUCACUGUGGCAUUGUCCGCUAAUGGGAUUAGAAUGGUCCAUGUGUAUGUGCAUUGUGGAAGGAUUAGGAAAAGAUGAAGGUGAUAGAGAAGUGUUAACUUCUUUGAGACAGGCAAAAUGGCAUAUACAAGGAUAAAAUGUGGAUGCUUGGAAUAGAACAGCUUUCUUUGUCAUAUGGAGUGAAAUGGGACAGCCAAGAGGUAUGACGUGAGGGAGUGAAAUGGAACAGCCAAGAGGUAUGAAGUGAAAGAGUGAGAUGGAACAGCCAAGAGGUAUGAAGACUCCAAGAGGGAGUAAAAUGGAAUGGCCUUCAGUGUGAAGUAGGUGUGCACAUCCUCUGAAACUUUGCGGGAUGCUGAACAUUCAAAUGGCCUUAGUUACGAAAUGAGCAAGUUGACUACACUGUGGCCUGUGAUUUAAAGUGAAUCCUGAGCUAUCUAGGGGAGUGAAAUGAAACAGCAGACUUUGCAUGGACUGUUCAGAGCUGUCUCUUUGACCCCCCGCCUGUUAAUAAUGGACCAGUCUUACACGUCUGUGAUGAAACCAAUUAUGUCAUAUCAAAUGACUACUUGUAUAGCUUUCUUUCAUGUUGGUAAUAUUGUGUAUCAAAAAACUCCUGGUUCAGCUUGAAUUUUUUUCAAGAAAUUCCUGUCCUUUUCCCUUCUUCCCCAUUUUUGGUGGUUGCUAAGGGGUGUUAAGGUUUGACUGUUGCUAUGAACAUGGCUAACUAGGCCCAUGUGAAAUGCCAAACAUAUGAAAAAGAUAUGUGUAAGUGAUUUUGUACGUUAUUAAUAUACAGAUUAAAUUGCUGUCCUCACAUGUUGUUGUCAGAAUCGCAUAAUGUACAAACUUACAAAUCUUCAGUCUGUCUAGUUGUGUCAGCUACAUGUCCUUCUCUCUCAGAAAUAGCUGCCCUUCAAGUUGGAUGGCUAGCAGUUUAAAAAAGCUAAAAUUUACAGGGCUUCAGAAUGACUGCUUUUAAUCGUGAAUGGUACAUCGUAAUCUAAUGUCCCGAGGUAAACCACUGUAUCUGUACAUUGUACGCAGUUAUUUUACCACAGAUAACGCAACUCGAUGUAAGUAUUGGCAUUUCAUUUGUUGUUGACACUUGAAGAUUAAGUGGCAUUUGAACAUUCUCCCAUGUAUAUUAUGUACAGUAGACUGAACAACUGUAAAUACAUGCAGCUCUUGGGAAAUGAAAAGAAGAUUUGCUACGGAAGAAAAAAAUUUGAAGGAAAUGAAGGGCAUAUCGAAAUUAUGUUAAUUUGUUUGGAAUUGGUUUGACUGGAAUGCCCAAAGAGGGCAUCGGAAGUGAAAUAACAUCCCAUGGUGUAGAGGGUUUUAAUUGGUAUAUUUCAGUACAUCAGCAUGUGAGUAUGCAUAAAACUUUCACAAACCAAAGUCCUUGUACAUGGAGAGGAUUUGUAAUCUUGUUAUUUAUUGAGGAUUAUUUUAUUCAGCUCGGGCAUGACUGUCUUGCUGAAUUUCCUACCAUGCAAUAGUGCCAUCGGUAUUAUACAAGUAGACCCCUGAACACAGGCCUGUUGAUCUAGCGUACCUUAGCAAAUAUGUCUAGCAGAAUAACAAAAGUUGGAUAGGUAGUCACUGUGGUACAUGUGCAUCUGUGUCUACGUAGGGAUCUUACUUCUUAGCUCAGUUUUCCCUCUGCUGACAAAAAAAAACCGGAAGGCAGUAAUCAUGGUAAUCCUGAACGAAAACACUGAAGCCAAGUCAACCGAUGAACUUUCAACACCACAUAUCCACAAUUCAUCUUACAGCUAAACUUGUACCUGGCAUUGGCAUUGAACUGACUAAACGUUUUCUGUUUACAUGAAACUAGAGCACCUUUAUACACUUUCAAUGUUUCUCUUUUUUACGAGCAUUAUUUUAGCGUUUUACUCUGCUUGGAUUAACUGCUUUGUUGCACACCAUUGGCAUUAUCUGUGUGGAUAUAUCCCGCAAUGGCAUAUAAUUACACGAAUGUAACAGUGUCUUUAGUUAUUUUGUUGACGUAAAGAAUUGGCCUUGUAGGCUAUAAAGUUUGUUGUCCUGCCUAUGUUGCCUGUAUAUAGUGUUAAGGUUUUUGCUUUGUUUGGCUUUAAUGUCCAGUGCAAUGUACGUUUGUAUGCUUUAUGUUAUAAGGUUUUCGUCCAAAUAUAUGAUGUACAUGUAUAUUUGGUUUAGAUCAGUGUGUCCAUGUCUUUUAUCUUCUUGUCACACUAUUGUAAAAGUGCUUAUCUCUUUGUUGGCUUUGUUUUGUUGGGGGUUUUUUUUCCUGGUUGUGUUUUGUUUACAUUUAGUCCAAUUCAUGCCAGCAGUGACACUGACAUCCCGUUUACGUGAUUUUCGAAGCCCACUUGUGAGAUACCAGGCUGACCAUUCACGUUAUAAAGUAUACCAGUGACACUU